UCUACUCAGGGAGACCAAAAUGGCUGACGGAAAGGAAUCGAAAUCGAGCAAUUGUUGCUGGCUUUUUCAUAGUUUCGUAACCUUUCUAAAUUUCGUUGCCCUAUGCAGUUUCCUGGUAUAUCAUUUCCAAUAUGAGACGACCGUCACGCUUGACAAGCACUUUGACCUUCAAGAGAUUGUCGACAAUCUCUCUGAUGACGUAAAGAACUACAUCCACCCAGAAGCAUCAAAGAGAGAAGCUUCUAACAUAAGACAUGACCCGCUCUUGGACAAAGCACUUCAACAGCUUAAACAUGAAUGGAUUCAAGAAUGCAAAGCAGAAGCACACAAGGAGACGCUGUCUACUAUCGAGGAGGCCGCGGAGUUCGUAAGAACAGGACUGGGCAAGGAGGAUACAAGAAAGAGACAGACUGUUACUGGCGGGAACGACCUUGCAAGCUUGUUUGGUGAAAUAGCUCAAACGGAGAUCGACAUUUUGAAUAAAUACUGCGGCAACGACAGCAAGAUUUGUCUCCCUGGUGAGAAAGGAACCAAGGGUGAUAGUGGCACAGACGGGGCCUUCGGUAUCCCGGGGACGAAGGGUGAUAGAGGUGUGAUGGGACCACAGGGUUUGAAGGGAGAAGUGGGCCCACUCGGUCCCAAGGGGGGCAAAGGGGACCAGGGUCUACAAGGAUACAACGGAAUUCCAGGGAUGAAAGGGGACAUGGGCCUGCUAGGACCACAGGGAAUGAGGGAGAAGGUCGUUCCCGCGGACCAAAGGGACAUCAGGGACUGUAACAAGGGAGAGGUUGGCCCGGUCGGACCAAAGGGAUCACAAGGAAUCCAGGGUAUCCAAGGGUACAACGGAAUUCCAGGAAUGAAAGGCGACAUGGGUCUCCUUGGACCUCAAGGAAACAAAGGAGAGGUUGGCCCGGCUGGACCCAAAGGUGACCAGGGCAUACAAGGCCUACAGGGGUACAAUGGAAUACCGGGAACCAAAGGGGAAAGAGGACUGCUUGGACCACAAGGUAACAAGGGCGAGAUGGGGCUUACUGGUAUACAGGGCAUAAAGGGAGAUCCCGGAAUCCAGGGAUUGACUGGACCUGCUGGUAUGAAGGGUGAGAUGGGACUUACUGGUAUACAGGGCAUAAAGGGAGAUCCCGGACUCCAGGGAUUGACUGGACCAGCUGGUCCGAAAGGUGACCAGGGUCAAGCAGGUAUGCAGGGCUUUAAGGGGGAACCCGGAACUCGAGGACCAAUGGGCAUGACCGGUCCUAAAGGAGAUAUGGGACAGGAUUCUCGCGUCACUCAGGCUUGCUGCGUCAGCUUAGUUGCCCCAGAGUUCAUCACCAGUGUUGAGGAAAUUCGUAUAACAGAAGGAUCGAAUGUAUCUCUUAACUGUGACCCAAGCGGCUACCCUCCACCAGCGAUUUCUUGGAACCCUCCAGUGUACACAUUUGAUAUGACAAGAACAACUAUUUCACCAAAGAGUAUUGAUAUGAAAUAUACCAAGACCACAGACUCUCAAGUUUACACAUGCAUGGCCCAGAAUGCACUCGGCGACUCACAGAAACAAAUUGUGCUGAAAGUCUACAAGCACCUGAAGUUCACCGAAGCGCCACAAAAUCAUACCGUCCUUGAAGGAAACUCUGUUAUGCUGGAAUGUAAGGUGGAGGGACCCUUAGAUCCACAGAUUGUCUGGUAUAAGGUUAUGUUUGACGGAAGUCGAUACCCGAUUACAGCAGGUGUAACAAAGAUUGCUAAUGGCUCCCAAUUGCAUAUAGACAACGUGAACACUGGUAUAGAGGGGGAAUACAUAUGUGAAGGGAACAAUGGUGUCGAACUUGUCCGGAAAUCAUCUUACCUGUAUACAUACGGUCCACCCCACAUCAAACCCCCGGGCACUAUGGUGGUCAACAAAGGGGAGACGGUGAGACUGAAGUGUGACGCCGACUCUCAUCCACCCGCCAACAUCACAUGGAAUUUCCCGCCUGGUGUGACUAAUGCUUACAUGGACUCGGACGGAACAUUGGUAGUGGUCAACGCACAGACAACGGACUCACGUUACUUCAUAUGUAUCGCUACAAAUCCCUAUGGCAUUGACCAAGCGCAGUUGAAUCUUGCAGUCAGAGUGCCACCGGAAGUGACUGUUUCACCCGCGAAGGUACCGGUCUCAAGCGGGACCUCGAAUAUUGCUAUUCAGUGUUCGGCAGCCGGGGACCGGCCUUUAUCAGUAGAGUGGUUUAAAAAUGGAGUACGGAUUACAAAUAACGGCCAUGUUUUCAUCCUACCUGGUGAUGUGUUGUUGAUUAAUCAAGCCACAUCCCAGGAUUAUGGCCAGUACACAUGCAGGGCUACCAACAAUUUGGGUAGUGCGUCAGCAACCUCAGUUGCGUACAAAGACACGGGAACUGUCUCCUGCUCCGCGUCGUUCAAUUCUUGUACUGACACUCUUUGCGGAGCGACGUGCCCGCCUGGCUGUACCAACUUCCCCGCCUUCGCUGCUGGAGGACCAGUCAUGUACACACAACUGUCGUCCAUAUGCAAAGCGGGCAUACAGAGCGGAGUAAUUCCCGGAAGUGGUGGUGUGGUUGUCUGGUCAACCAGUGGAAGUAGUGCCGCAUUGGUCGGUGUACAGUCUGUAACUUCUACGCCCAUCACUCCUCCUACAAGAAGCGGAUAAAGGUGACUGUGAAAAUCAUUACUUAUGAAAUAGAUAUAAAUAAAACCGUGCUAACUCA